AUGAAGUGUGCCGAUGACGAACAAGCAGCCACGACUACUAGUGAACCAUGGAAACGAGCAAAGGGAUUGGAUGGGCCGACGAGGGGCCGGAAUUCAAUGGAUCCAACCACACCAGUUAUCCCCGAGGAAUAUGCGACAGCGGGCUGCGAGGGAUGGCGACAGGGGGAUGUGGACGACGAUCUAAACAAACGGAACGGCAAUGGCAGGAGUACCACGUAUGGCUUUGGAAUGAAGGAGGAGGGCAGAAUGGGGGAACAAGGAAAGGAGAAGAGCGGGCGGGAUGGAGGAGAGAGUCCGGCUGCACUGUUUGCCCGGUUGUUGUUGUGGUAA